CGUCAUUAGGCCGCGCCGCGCUCCUGCGUCUGAGAUGCAUCACAACUGAAGAAAGGACAAAGUGUCCAAACACAGAAAAACUGCUGAAGAAGCUGAGAUCCACGUGACAUUAUUAUAAAGAUGGAGUUUAUUAAAGAAGAGAGUGAAGACGUGAAGAUUGAAGAAGCAUUCAGAGUCAAACAUGAAGAUACUGAGGAACAAACAGACCCGAUGGCACUGAAAGAAGAGAGUCAAGAACUGAAUGAAACUCAAGAGAAAGAUCAAAAUGAGAAACAUGAUUUCAAAACUGAAGAAGAAUCGAUUGGCUGCUCACAGACUGAAAAUACUUCCUCACCUAAAAAAACUACAAACCUUAAUUCCCACUUAAGAAAUCACGCUGGAGAGAGCUCUUUCACCUGCCAACAGUGUGGACAAGUUUUCAAUCAAAAAAGAUGCCUUAAAGUCCACAUGAAAAUUCACAUUGAAAAGAAACCGUUCAUAUGCCCUCAGUGUGGAAAGAGUUUUACACGGAAAUAUUACCUUAAUGCCCACAUGAAAAUUCACACUGGAGAGAGACUUCACACCUGUAAACUGUGCGGAAAGAGUUUCACACAGAAAAGUCAACUUAAUGUCCACAUGAGAAUUCACACUGGAGAGAAGCCUUUCACAUGUGAUCAGUGUGGGAACAGUUUCAGACGAAAUGCAGAGCUUCAGACUCACAUGAUAAUUCACACUGGAAAGAAACCUUACAUGUGUAAUCAGUGUGGAAAGAGUUUCACACAAAAUAGUCAACUUAAAGUUCACAUGAGAAGUCACACUGGAGAGAAGCCGUUCACCUGCAAACUGUGUGAGAAGAGUUUCACACUAAAUAGAUAUCUUAAGACUCACAUGAUUAUUCACAUGGAAAAGAAUCCAUUCACAUGCUCUCAGUGUGGAAAGUGUUUUACACAGAAAAGAACCCUUGAUGCCCACAUGGUAAUUCACACUGGAGAGAAGCCGUUCACCUGCCCUCGGUGUGGGAAGGGUUUCCGACUAAGAGAAAACCUUCAGACUCACAUGAGCAUUCACACUGGAGAGAAGCAAUUUGAAUGUCAACAGUGUGGAAGGAGAUUUACACAAGAAAAACUCCUUAAUGCCCACGUGAGAGUUCACACUGGAGACAAGCCUUUCACCUGCCCUCAGUGUGGGAAGAGUUUCACGAAUAAAACAAACCUAAAGACUCACAUUAGAAUUCACACUGGAGAGAAUCCAUUCACAUGUGAUCAGUGUGGACAGAGUUUCAGAUAUAAUGCAAACCUUAUUAGUCACAUGAAGAUUCACUCGGAGAACGGUUUUAAAUGUCAUCAGUGCGAAAGGAGUUUCACAGACAUGAAGCACCUUCAGGAUCAUGUUAAAAUUCACAUCUGA